CCUAACACUCGGAGUCAGUGAUGAAACUCGAACUUUAACCAUUUCUCUAAACUCGUCGGAACGCUUGAAAUUGAGCGUGCGAUUUUAGUGCUAAAGAUUAGGAAGCGUGACAGAAAUAUAAGGUCAAUAAUCAAUCACAGACUGCUAUGAAAUAUAAGGUUCGAUUCGCUAUUACAGGAGCUGCGAAGCUGGGUUUAGGUGUCAACGCCGCAAAUGGGCCAGCGUAGAAGGGCGACCAAGAAACCAGCCCAACCAACAAACCAUUCUCCGUCUGGUCUGGUCUGGUCUCUCUCGGUACGGCACCCAUUUGCGAGCCGAGCCUGCCACGUGCCUCCCACCAGCAUACCUAUUUUACCAGCCCCCUGCCGCCGCAGUCCCUGCCAGUCCAAACUCCAAAGCCAUCUCGAUCCUCGAGUCCCCACCUCCCACCUCACCUCCUCCUCCGCCGCCGCCACCCACCUCACCACUACGGUACGGUGGCGCUCCCUCCUCUUCCCCUUAGAUCUGUUCCGUCGAGCGCCUCCUCUUCAUGACAUAAGGCGCCGAGUCCAGUUUGUGAGAAUCCAACGAGAGUGUUGCCGUGGCCGUCGCAUCACGGGGCCCCAAAAUGAUGGUCAAGGUGGUGGAGGACCCCGCGCCGGAGCUGCUGCCGAAUGCAGAGGCGGAGGAGGAGGACUCCCCGCCGCUGUCGCUCAGCGACGACGAGGACGAGGAGGAGGAGGAGGAGGAGGAGACCGACAGCGAGGGGGAUGGAACCGGAGGCGGCGCGCCCCCGCUGAAGAAGGGGCCCUGGACGCCCGAGGAGGACAAGCGCCUGAAAGAGUACGUGGAGGCACACGGCGAAGGGAACUGGAAUCAGGUGCAGAGGAACGCGGGGCUCAACCGCUGCGGCAAGAGCUGCCGCCUCCGCUGGGCAAACCACCUCAGGCCCGACCUCAAGAAGGGACCCUUCGACGACCAAGAGGUGGAGAAGAUCAUCCAGCUCCACUGGAACUGGGGGAACAGAUGGGCCAAGAUGGCUGCCUGCUUGCCAGGUCGCACGGAUAAUGAAAUUAAAAACUUUUGGAAUACAAGAUUGAAGAGGCACCAGCGAGCUAAUUUGCCGAUCUACCCUCAACAUUUGGGUUCUCGGGUUUCAAAUCAAGAUAUGAACUGUUACAUGCCUGACAAGUCAUGUGGCAAGAAAAUAUCAAACGAGUUCCCACAGAAAACUAACCUUGAUUUUAAUGAACUUAUGACGUUUAAGCACAUUAACUAUGAAGAGCAUUUGGGCAGCCCCCCUAUGAUUCCAAUGAACCCUCUGAAACACCAUGCAUCUACUGUCGGUAUAGUAUCAGACUACAAUGGCAGUUUAACAUGUGUACAAAUUCCUGAUGAGCCUGAGAAAAAGACCGGUUGUUCCACUGAUUUCAACUAUGGAACGACAGAGUCUCAGCUGUCACCUCUUGGUAGUGCCAUUGUCAGUGGCCAUCCAAUAGUAAAUGGCAACCCCUAUCCUUCUGGGACCAUACAGAGGUCCCUGAAGAUGGAGCUCCCUUCAUUCCAAUGUUCCAACUAUGUCCCUGAAGAUACAGACCUUAGUAAUGCCUGGUUGCGUACAUGCCCCUCGGGUUUUCCUAUUGAACAGGCUGACACCUUUAUUGAAUCUUUAAACCCCUCGGGUUUUCCUAAUGAACAGGCUGACACCAUUAUUGAAUCUCCAGAGUUUGUGUCGCUGAAAUCAGAAUUCAUCUCUUUGCAAAACACUGGUCUGGAUGCAAUAGUUCACAUGGGUGAUGGACUAGGCAACCCUACAAAGUCUCAAGGAGUUUGUGAAGUGUUGGUUCCUCCUCUUUCAUACAUUCAAGUUUCACCUUCAGAAUCACCUUCGAGGCAUUCUUCCUCUUAUUUGCUUGGUGGUUAUGAACUAGAUGGUUGUCCUCUCGAUGAAAUUCAAGCUUCAGAAUCACCUUCGAGUUCUAAUGCUAUUUUCGCCUCCAGCAAAUAUUAUCCAGAUACAAGAUUUUCUGAUAAGGAUCCCUCAUCUUUAGCAGAUAUGGUCAUGCUUGAUGCAUCACUUGAAGCAAGUUUGUUGAAUGAAGAGGCUAAUCUGUCAAACGCAGAUCAUGGGCUUGAUUCAAUCACCUGGGAAAGCAUGCCGAGUGCUAACAUGCCUGACUCUCCAAAUCCAUGACCGUUCCUUAUUGGGCAGUCAGGGCUUCACCACUCGACAUGUUAGGAACUAAAGAACAAUCUUUUGCAACAACCAUGAUUUUGUCUAGAUGGUCACAUAAACCCAUGGCGAAAAAACUGGAUCCUCGUCCUGCUACCGUUUUAUUUGAAGGUUAUGCUAGUCUUAGGUUCUUUGAUUCUUUCCUUAAAAGACCGUUAGUCAUUUGGUUUGGUGUGUUGCGACGUUUGAACUCUGUACGAAUUGCAUUGUUUGUGGUGGACUUAUUUCGUUCAUUUGUUUAAUGUAAGGAUUGCUUGGGACUA